GUCAUAAUCGUAAAUUAAACGUUGGGUAAACAAUCGUAACGCAAAUUAAUCGGAUAAUCGGAUGCCGUUAUCUUAAAGAGAACGAUUAUCAGUUCGUUGGAAUGGGCUACAUUACUUUGCACAAUCUAUUGCCGCGUGAAGUUGCCGAAAUUCGGCGAAGUUGCCGACGAAAAAUAUUUAAGGGUUACAACUGUUAUAAUUUCAAUUAUUUGGAGUAUUUUGCCCAGUAUGUGCGUGAAUAGAUCUAUAAAGUGUGAGAAAUCUAGCCAAAUUUUUGAAAAAUUUAUUAUUAUUUGCCAAGACGGUCACAUAAUAGUAAUAAAAUAUGAAUUAGCACGCAAUGGGGAGGAUGACCGCGGGAGUUUGGUACCCGAGAUACAGCGGUGGGGCGUGCGGAAGGGUGCAGAGUGCCGGCCGGUUAUUAGAGAGGUCGGAUACGCGGAAGCGCGCCAGUCGACGGCGAGACUUCGCCCGCGCAGCUUCCUUUUGUUUCUUCUUCGUCACCCAUCUAUCUGGCCGUUUAUCAUCCUCCUUAAAUUUCCGUUGCGAUUAACGCACAAAAUCGGAUAUUUCACUUUUUGCGUGGAUGUCUUUUCGGAAUUUUCACAAGAAAGUGAGAAGAGGAUAAUCACGUGACAAUUGCGGAAGGAACAAAGGAUCAUCAAAACAAUCGAAAGUGGUAACAACAUCGGGGAUCUUCACUUUGAUGAAUAGGAUCGUUUGAUGUAGAACCGAAGAGCUAUGACGAGGACGACACGUCGCUUUUUGCUGCUGCAGAUGCUGAUAGGCGUCUGCCGUGGAAUUCAGCAGUUUGAGGAAAUGCCGCAGUACACCGAGGUCAAUCCCGGCCAAGAUGCGAAGCUGGUAUGUCGAGUCCUCGGGAAGAGAGGGCAGUGCAUUUGGCAGAAAGAUCAAAAGCCGAUAGGCAUGCAUCUGAAGAAGUACGAGUGGGUAGGCUCGCCGGAUAUCGGCGACUGUUCGUUGUGGGUGAGAUCGGCCACUUUAGAGUUCGACGACGGACUUUGGCAAUGCCAAGUAACCGCCAGUGACUUCACAACGCAGGACGCGUUAGCAUCCGAACCAGCGAGGCUGGUCGUCAGAGUCAGUCCUCAGCGACCACAGAUAGAAUAUGCCGACCGUCUAAUUCUCCCCGGCAGCAACGUGACAGCCCGAGCAGGUGAGAUCGCUACGCUCACUUGCAGAGCGCGGUAUGGGAAUCCUUCGCCUCUAAUUAAAUGGUACGUGGGCGAGACCGAGCUGAGAACGCUGCGGCCCCAGGUAAACUCGACCGAGAUAGAUAAUCCGCGCACUUGGGCGACCUACAGUGUUUGCGAGAUUCUGGCCGACCGAUCACGUUACGGCCAACCGAUCAGAUGCGUCGCUAUUCAUCCGGCGUACGCGAAUCCCACCAUGUCGUCCAGCACCGAAGUGAGAUUCGACGUGCGAUACGCGCCGGAGACGAGAUUAGUGGGCGUCCCAACUGGCCAGCUCGAAGAGGGUCGCGAUCAGCUGGAAAUCCGAUGUCUCGCCGACGCUAAUCCGCCGGCUUCCAUCCUCUGGAGGAAAACGAAGAGUCCCGGUGUGACGGAGGUGGCCAAUAUUGGAGAGACUCUAGUGUUCUCUCCAAUUUACAGAAAUCAUGCCGCCGUUUACCUCUGCGAAGCGUCGAAUACCGAGGGCGAGAGCAGCCCGAUCUCGGUUCAGGUGUCCGUAAAUUAUCCGCCGACGAUCAGCGCGGUCGGACCGGAUCGAUUGACGACUGCAUUGUUGUAUUCCGGUGCAUCGUUCGAAUGUCACGCUGAUGCGAUGCCACCGGCCGACUACAGAUGGGCGCAGGUAUUCACGGACGGACGGAUGCCGUUGGAAUGCGGGACGGGGCAGCGAUUGAUCCUGACGAACGUGACGUACGAGCAACAGGGCCAAUACAUAUGUCUCGCCUCCAACAAGAUCAAUGGCAAAGUCAGGGAAGUUAAAAGCGACCCUGUGUCCCUGCAAGUGGUCGGCGCUCCACGGGUGGUAAAGCCGACCAUCACGGAGAAGUUUGUCGUGGCGACGACGGAGGGUAGCCCGGCCAGAUUAGAGAUCAGACUGUGCUCCGACCCGAAGCCGCGGCUCGUGGCCUGGGAAUGGGGCAGCACCAGACUACAUGCCGGUGAAGUUCUGGAAUCGCGAUAUCGCGCGCUCGAUCUCGAGCCGCUGGCUUCGGAGGAUUGUUACAUAGCGAUCUUAGAGUUGACAAGUACGGUGAAGGAGGAUCAAAGGCUGUAUCACGUUAUCGUGGAGAACGAUCGUGGCAGUGACAGACGAGCGCUCAUGCUGAAAGUCGACGAGCCCGGCCAGAUUCCACUCGUUAUCGGCGCGGUAGCUGGAUUCACAGUGCUCUCAGUACUGAUAAUGGCAUUCGUUUGUUUCCUACGUUCGGAUAGAUGCUGCGUAGCCAGAAACACAGUGCCGACAUUGCAGCAAGUGCAUUGUACAAAGGCUUCCAACGCUAUGAUAGAGGAUCCACGGUUGGCAGUGGAUACGAUGGAGCGUACGAGUCAGCAGUUCGUCCCGGAGAAGCGAGCCAAUCACGUUUUGAAGCCCGUCCCGUCGCAGCAAUACCAGCAGGAAUGUUAUCAGCACGACCCGCAACACCAGCAACAUUAUCAGAGGCAUCAUCAUCAUGGGCAGCCUCACGGACAAUAUACGUUGCAGGAAAAAUUCCUUCUACAAGACGAGGAACGGGACACUCUAAAUCGGAUUAAAAAAGGCAAGGAACGAGGAGCGCAAACUUUCCACCUUUUCUCCCGGAAAGAUCUCGAAGGUUUUAUAUACAAAUAAAAUAUUUAUAUUGUUCCCGUCACACGACCAACGUGGAGAAAUGUAUAAAUAUAGACACACAUUACGCUUUAAUGUACCAAAAACACACUUUAUCUGGGUCGUCCAAAAAUUUGUUGAAUACCUUUCGCCGAUGAAAGUAAUUAGCGUGUAACGUUUUCUCAUCCAUUCGUGAUUUUUCGCGCCGAAGAAUUUAUUACGAUGUCACGUUCUAAACGAGACGACACCAUCCACUAGAGACUCGCGCAAGAAGUUUUUAGACGAUCCAACGUCAUUAAAUUACAAUACUUAUGCGGCGACACGCGACGCGCUGCUCGCGCAAGCAUCGAACGUAUCACGUUCUCCGAUCGCGAUAGUCGCUUGAGUGAUUUAUGCGCUCGGUAGGGUGCAUUACGCAUGCAUUUGGUUGCAUCUAGUUCCCGGGUGUUCCUCCACCAAUUACCGCUCUGUCCUUGUUUGUAAUUUAAUUUAGAUAGAUGUACAUAAGUAGAGCGUGUCAACGAUAAUACUGCCAUCGCCCGCCCGGACGAUUGAACGCGCGCACACGAUUCCACCUAGUCGUAUCUCAUACUUGUAAAAAAAAAAGAAAGAAAAAUAGCCGAAUUAAGCUGAAUUGAGCGGAAUUCAUUUCCUUGAGAUGGAAACGCUUAAUCUUAAACUCGAAUUGAAUUCCUAUCAAUUUUCGCGAGCUGGCUCAUUUCUCGCGGGGAUAGCUCAUCUCGUUUUGUUUUGGUUUCGCUUGCAUCCAGAAGGGAGUGUAUUCUCUGCAGCCGCGCGCCCUGCGGAAUUCAAGAACGUAAGACUGAACUCGACCGAGACCACCGAAUUUACGCUUUACGUAGGAAACGCUUAAUAAAAUGACAAACAAACUGCCGGCCGAUCGUGCAUCCGGAUCAUCCAAUCGUUUCGAAAAUUUACACGGUUAUAAGAGAAUAGUUGUAAUUAAUUGUUAUGCGCGAAACUCGUUACUGCCGUACCUCAUACUGCCUCGUUUGGAAAAUUGUAGGCGCGAUUAGCAAAUAUCAAUGCACACUACGAACGCACUCUCCCUUUUCCGUCUGAAACGAAACGUUAAUGUCGUAUACUUGAAACGCUGAUGAAUAUUGUAAGAGAACCAUUGAAGACCACACGUUAAUCAUUUUUGUAUGAUAGACAACUAGUUAGUUAAAAUUAUGCUCAUUACGAUUUAACGACGUUAUAUUACUAUCUGUCAAACACACGAAGCGCAUAUGUACAUACACAUAUACAUAUUAUCCGCUUAGGUCGCGAUUUAACAUACGAAACGUCGUCCAAUCGAUGAAAGUUUGACGUAAACAGCGAUGUAAUCGCUCAAUCAUGUUCGUGACACUGCCACAGUGCGCUUCUACAUCGCUGUUACGACGAAUAAUUUAAACAACUGACAGCCAAGCAAAGUGAUCUCUCGCGCAGUUGUAUAGUAAUUGUAUGCGAAUAAUUUAUCGGUUUCAAGAAAGAUACUCUCGGGGGGAGGGGGGGAAAAAAAACGGGGAAUCAAGCUGUACAGAACGUUUCAGAAUGUGUCGACCAAACAAGCGAGCAUGUCGGAGUUGCAUUUUGUAUGUACCCAGCACCUUACGAGAUUAUGUACAGAGAAACUUCCCACUGAUUACUUUCACCCAACUCAAAUACGACGCACCGUGUUGUUUGCCGUUAUCCUCGAUCGUUCUCUAGUAAGAUUAACUGCAUUGUAUCUCCCGGCUGUUACCAUCGUCAUUAAUUAAGUCUGAGGCGAGCACCACACCGACUUUGUAAUCGGAUUAACGAUAUGAGACUUCAUUGUAUGGCGUAUGAAAUAGUUUCGAGAAGUUCUCGAGUUCUCUUCCGUGUAUAAAGUUGUCAUCAUUAAAAAGUGAUCACACAUA